GAACUUCUCUCAAGUAGUUCACUAACACCUUCAGAAUAAAAGCAGAGUGCAAAGCACAAAGGAUAUUGGCAACCAAGAAGAACAGAAGGAUUUCCAGAAUGAGUCAAGCUGAGGAAAGCAACAUCCACCCAACGUGGAAUAUUGUGAGGUCAGUGGUCUGCGUGAUACUGAGCUUGUCAUUUAUUAUUGGGACCCCUGGAAAUUGCAUCGUCAUCUGGACUGUUUGUGCAAAAAUGAAGCAAGUAUCUCCUUCGGUCCUGCUGAUCUUGCACCUGGCCAUUGCAGAUGUCCUUGUACUGAUUACUUUACCAAUUUGGAUUUACUCCUUUGCUGACUCAUGGGUUUUUGGAGUCAUCAUCUGCAAAAUGCUGGUUUUCAUUAUUUACUGCAGCAUGUAUGCUAGUAUAUUUCUAAUUACAGCACUGAGCCUGGAGCGGUUAAUGGCUGUGUAUUAUCCUUUAACAAUUCAAAGAUACAAAACAAAAAGGAAGAUCUGUUUAAUCAUGUUCCUCAUCUGGUUCCUGUCUAUUGCGUUCGGCGUUUCUGUCAUUCCGUUUCAAGAGACAGAAGAAACAAAUGGUCAACUAAUGUGCACGUGUCGCAACUACUCUUCUAAUAAACAGAGAGCUUCAUAUCUUCUGCUGGAGACUCUUGCAGGUUUUGUAAUCCCUUUUUUAAUUAUUUGCACUUGUUAUAUGUGUGUUGCAAGAAGAAUAAGCAGAAUGACUUACCAAUCGAAGCGGCGAUCGGAACGGCUCAUUGCCAGAAUUGUGGUGGCAUUCAUUUUGUGCUGGUUCCCUCAUCAUCUCUUUAACACCCUAGAUAUUAUUUCAAUGCAGAUAGAGCUCUCUAACAAGGAAACAUCCUCGGCACUGGAAGAAGUUGUGGACAGAGGAGUGUACAUCUCUGGAGCACUUGUAUUCGUCAGUAGCUGUAUUAACCCUCUACUUUAUGCUUUUGCUGCACGAAGAUUUCAGAAUCACCUGAGGUUUGCCAAGAUUUCAAAGCUCUUUGAACAGAUGAGUCAGACUGUAGCAGAGGAAGACAAGAAAAAAAGUUUGGUUGUAACCAAACGAGAAGAUACUUUAACAAGCACAGAAAAUCUCUAACAAGGACUUAGUGAAUAAUGUGAUUCUGUGUCAUUCCUUCAGUAGUCCUUUCUCCUCAUACUCUCAGUAUUAUUUACUAAGCAGACUAGGUAAAACUAGAGGCAGGUAAAAGUUAUUAGGGUUUGUUUUGUGUGUUAUAAAAGAAUUGGCAUUGGCAAUCUAGUUCAGUUCCUAAGUUAGUAUCCAUGUAUGAAAUUAACACUAUCUCAGUGGUGCAGAGAACCUCAGCAAGAUGGCUAGAAGCUCAAAGUGGCAGGAAUACAGCAUUUUUACUUUUCAUUAAAAUUAUUUGUGAUUUCUAAAAAGUCCGUUUGCAGAAAAAAAAAGAAAAAGGGGGAGUCUAUGUGAAAAGCAGAAGCUUUGAAAGCAUAAAACUAAGUUUUCCCUGGGAAAAAAAGUUUUAGAUGCUCAAAAAUCCUUAUAUAAUCUAAAGUUUUAAGAGAGCACACUUAAAUUCCUGUUACGGUUAAAAAUGAUUUUAAAGUAUAUUGAUGACACAUAAAGCUCUUUUGGGUAGUUGGAAAACAUAAUGCUAUUUUUAUUUAUUGCUUUUUUUAGGUUUGAAAGUAAUAAGGGCUGUUUACACAGUCAAGGUCAUUUACUGAAUUAUCUUCUGUUUCUAGGUUUUAAGUAAAAUGUGAAGUGUGACAUGCCUCUUCAGAAAAAAAACAGGAGGCACAAGAAUUCUGUGUUGUAGGGCAAACAUAGGUACAGAUGAUGUCAAAUACGUUGCAUAUUUCAGUGGCAAUUAAACUAUUGAUAUAUUACAUACUGUGCGUAUCCUCAAAAAGUUUGAUGCAGUUGAGCUUCCAAGAUGUCUGUUAAAUUACAGGAAUUGGGUCAGGCUCUGGUGGGAGGGAAGGAGAGAUCCUUGAUACUAUUUUUUAUGUGUAAGAAAAUUCUGGUAGCAGUACAAUGUGUCUAAUAUCGUAAGAACUUCACCUUGCAAAUCAAAGCAUUAUUUUUUCUUCUCUUGUAGAAUAGAGUGGACUUUGCCAUAACAAACCAAUACAUUCAGCACUUGCAGGGAUCUUAUUUUAGUUUUGUGAAUGUGCGCAAACUGACUGUGAGAAAACUGCAUGGCAUCAGGUGUUUGCUUUUGAAGUUUUUAUUUCAAUUGUGUCAAAGAUCUUUCGUGAUUACUCUUGCUUAUUUCUAACUCAAUGGUUUGUAGUAAUAUAUUGCUCUGGACAGCUGUUAAGUUGUAGGGCAAACAUAGGUACAGACGAUGUCAAAUACAUUGCAUACUUCAGUGGCAAUUAAACUAUUGAUAUAUUAAAUAUAAAAAUGACAAAUACUAACUAGAACUUAAUUUUCAAAAUCAGAUCAUGUAACAAGC